AUGGGCAAGACAGACAGAGAGAGCGGGAGCUCCUACUACGGGGGGGUGGGGAUGAUCAAGAGAUUCCCGUGGCAAAUCGUAGCUUACCUAGCUUCAGGAGCGAAGACGGAGGAAAAAGGAACUAAUGCGGGCUGGCAGAUGGCAAUGAAUUCUAGCGCCUACUACGGAGUACACUACGGAGGUUCCAUAUGCAUACACGAUGGUGAUCUACAAGAGUCUGGCAGCAGGGUUUCUGACUUGUCUCAGAGAAGAAAGCUUUUCCAUCCGCUCAUUGUGUUGAAAGGGAGAGAGUACUUCACCUCCAGCCGGGGAUUUGUUCUAGAGAAGGAGAUAAGACUAGCGUCCACCAAUCAGCAUGACGGUUUUACAACCUUCCGCAGAAAGAUUAGGUUUUGGCUACGUCAAGAUCCAGGCCGGUGGGGCCCGGGCCAAAAAGAAGAAAAAGGGAAACAGAAAAAGUCAAAGUCAGAAGAGGACCCAGAGAGCUGUUGGAGAGGUUGGAUCAACCGGAAAAUGAUCGUCCUGGUGUAG